UUAAAAAAGUUAAAAGAAAACAAAUUAAUAAAAUAGGAAAUGUCAGCCCCAAAAACCCCAGAUUUGAAGGGGUACCCAAAAUUUUCCCUCUCAGCUCUCUGUCUCUCCCUUUCCCUACCCAUCGAUCUCCUUCUUGCUUGAUUUCCUUCUCACUCUCAAUCUCUCCUUCGCGAUCACUAGCGAGAGAUCCUGGUACCGGAAAAUUCCACCUUUAUUCACCGGCGGGUUGGUUAAGUCAUCAGAGGAGGAGGAUGGCGAUGAUUUCGAAUUCCCUACGCCUGGAGUAAGGUGCUCCAAGAGCAUUGUUUUCAUGGACACUUCCUCUUGCCAGUAGGGCUUGAUAGUAAAGAAAAUAUUGAAAUUUUAAUGUUCUCCGAGUCAAACCUGAAUUCCUCGACUUACCAGUCAUAGUCAAACAUAAGGUAUUAGUCAACAUAAGCACAACGCACCACCCACCCAUUCACUAUCCGUGCACAACCCAUUCCCUGUCUUGGUUGCCGGUGUAACUGGCCAGGCUGGUAUUCGAUAGCAGCACCUCCUCCGGCUACUAUUUGUUCUUCUGCCAGUAGCUUUUCACCAUUGAAUCCCGCAGCUCUUCACGUAAGACACAUUCCUCCUUUCGUCAAAGCUCGUCAAGGCUCUUCGCGCACCGCCAAAUCCAUAUUAGCUUAGGAGCUUUCAUGACAGGUUGAAACUGUUGAACCUGUGUGGAUUCUAAUCUAUGACAGCCUGAAAUUGUCUUGGCUAGGGUGUUUUACAAGAUGAACUUCAGAACUGCCCAAAUCCGCCUUGUGAGUUCUCAUCCUGAGGUUUAUGAACCAUGUGAUGAUUCAUUUGCACUUGUUGAUGCACUUUUAGCAGAUCGAACCAACCUUGUACAGCAUCAACCAACAUUAUGCAUGGAAGUGGGUUGUGGCAGUGGGUAUGUCAUCACUUCUUUAGCUCUAAUUCUUGGAAAGGAGUCUGUUGGGGCUCACUUUAUUGCCACUGAUAUCAACCCACAUGCAGUGAGGGUGACCCAGGAGACACUGGAAGCACAUGGUGUUCAUGCUGAGUUAAUAUCCACAGACAUAGCUUUGGGACUGGAGCAGCGUCUGGCGGGAUCAGUGGAUGUAAUGGUUGUGAACCCACCUUAUGUCCCAACCCCUGAAGAUGAAGUGGGUUGUGAAGGAAUCGUCUCUGCUUGGGCUGGAGGAGAGAACGGUCGUGUCGUUAUAGAUAGGAUAUUGCCCAUUGCUGACAAUCUUUUAUCUGAAAAAGGUUGGUUAUACAUGGUGACUCUUGCAGCAAACAAUCCCAUACAGAUAUGCCGUACAAUGAGAGAGAAGGGCUAUGCUUCUAGAAUUGUCCUCCAAAGAUCUACAGAAGAAGAGAGUCUACAUAUCAUCAAAUUCUGGCGGGAUUCUGAUAUAUGAGCAGCAUCCACAAGGUCGGGGAUCAACAUUAUUUGUGGACUUAGGCUGGAAAAAGAGUAGGUUUAGUUCACUAGUAUUUUUGUUUGCUUUGCUUAGGAUACAGUGAGGAUGUUGGGGGGGCUGGAAAAAGGUCCCUUGUUUAUUAAUAAUAUUAAUAUUUUUGUGAACAUUUUUUUGAUGAAAAAUAUUUUUGUGAAUAUAGGCAAUCGAUUUUCUUUUU